CAUUUGACUUAAUAUUCUGGUAAUUGGCUGCUGAAGGAUGAAUCAGGGUUUGCCUUGCCAUAAUGGAGAUACUCGACAACUGCUCUCUUACCAAUGGAACAUUCGUAACCUCUGACAAUUUGUCGGACUGCAAUACUCAAAACAUACACGAACCAAAAAUCAGUGUGACAUUCGUACUUUUAAUGCUGUUGUCUGCUUUGACUGUCUUUACAAAUGCGCUUAUCCUAGCAGCCUUCUACGGUGAGAAGAAACUGCGGACUUAUACCAAUUCCUAUAUCUUGAACAUAACCAUUGCAGACUUCGUCGUUGGCCUAGUCUGUAUGCCUCUCCGCGCGACUGUCAAUCUCUAUGAUGGUUGGAACUUUGGUCAAGUACUUGGUAUCUUGUUUAUAGGAUUUCAGAACUCUAUUCUCAGUGUAUCUGUGUGCGGUGUAGUCGUCAUUUGCAUCGAUCGUUACAUAGCCACGUUCUAUCCUAUCAAACAUUUCCAAAGGAAAAGUAUCCGUAAGGCUACCAUUGUGAACAUCUCUACGUGGAUCCUAUCCUUUGGAAUAUGGAUCUCGAUAACAUGUGUCUGGGAUUUCAUAGCCCCAAGUGGCGAACUAUCAGAUUCGGGCUUGCCAAGAACGAAUUAUUCUCGAAUCAAAACGGCAGGCGUAUUCGUAUUCAUCCUGAGAUUUGCUGUACCAUUUCUUCUCAUUACUGGGCUUUACCUACGAAUUUAUUUUCGCGUGAAGGCUGUCUACAGAAGGCGUUCGGCCUUUAAUUUGAAGAAAGAGCAUUUGACGAGCAAGGGGAAAACAGAAGCCAACGACCAAAAUAUCAACAAUUCUGCAAGUAAAAUAAAUGAUGAGGAAGCACCAUCCCUAACCGAAUCCAGUCUAAGCGGUGUUACGUUGGAUGACAUGAGAGAUACAACAAUUGUUGGCUCAAAUAUUUCAUUGCAGGUGUCGAAAGAUUCUGCUCUACCAACCAGUAAGUCCAAGAAAGACGCUACAUUUCUUGCUGACAGUAUGGCAGGGUCAGUACAAAAUCAUCCCAGAAGCGAUAACGAAGACCGUGUUUUAGAAAUAAAUGAAAGUCAGUCAGCAUCCAGAUACAACGUCUCUAAGAAGCCCCAGAAGGAAUCAACAAAGGAAGGUCGAAAAGCAAUGAAGACUUUAACUUUCAUAAUCCUCGCUUUCGUUGUUACCUGGUUGCCGAAUGCUCUUGCCGUCACGAUAUAUUCUACUUCUACUUGGCUCUAUGACAUUAUUAACAGUGUUGUAAAUUUGAUAGAAGUACCUCGAUGGAUAUCAUACAGCAACAGCUUGAUCAACCCAUUGGCUUAUGCCAUGGCUCAACCUCUCAUUCGAGACACCGUUGUAAAGAUUCUAUUUUGCAAAAAAUGUAAAUGAUUUAAAAUAUAGGCUUCUGAGUAAAUAAAGAAUGGAUUAACAAAAACGGAUUCUUAAUUCAUGGUAAUACCUUUAAAGAUAAAGUUGAGUUUGGGUCAUGCGAUUGCAU